GCCUUGGGCCACCGAGAAAUGCCAGCAACAGAAAGCAGCAACUUUGUGCAAUUCACAUCUAGAGAUAUUCCUCUUACUGACUUCCCUCUUACCUACCUGCUUGCUUGCUGCUGUUGCUACCCUGUCAGGCUCUGCUUGCCUCCUCCUCGUCCGCCGCUGGAGAGCUUGUCCCCUCCUCCCUCACCCAUUGAUUUGCCUUACGAAUACUUUUUGCUUUCUCGCUCACCCUGCCUCCUCCAGCCGGCUGCAUCCCAUCCCCCUCCAGUGUCCACUCCGAUGGGCUGUGUUUCCUCUGGCCGAGCCUCCUCUUCGCAGUAGCGGCCUGGACUUCCUUCCUCUUUUCCUCCCCCAUCCGCCCUUACCUUCCUUAACUUUCAGACCUUUGCUUCCUGAGAGCUGUCCGACUUCUCUCUCUGCUCCUCCCGCCCCUCUUGCCUCCUCUUCAUCCUCCUCUUCAAGUCUUCAUCUUUUUGUUCUUGGAUUUCUGUGAGACGAAGCAGAAAACACAACAGCAUACUCUCUUCCCACACUACCGGCACCUUACCGCAUUCCCUGAGCUGAGUCAAGCAAGGCCCGUUAAUGCGCUUUGGGGAAUCCGGUGCACAAGCAUAACCUUGCAUCGAGGCCCCUUACCUAAUUAACCAACAAAAAAAUAAGCCUGCGCAUUCUUUGGUUCCCCUCAGAGGGUACUUGCUUUAUCAAUGAAGCUCUUCGCAAAGAAAUCGUCCAAGAAGCAAGGUCCGGACGACGACGACCAACACCAAGAUUCGAGCUACUUCCCCCCCUCUGAGGCCUCUUCUCCUACGAAGUCGCCAACCAAGCCCCGAUCCCCCACCAAAUCGCCGACCAAGUCCCCCACCAAAAAAUCCUCCCAGCCUGCAUCCCCAGGCCCUCGGGAGACAAAGUCGUCGCGCACAUCCCGCACCUUUGGCCGCCACCCUACCGACCCCGGCUCACGCAGGAGCAGCAAAAUCGACCUUGACUCCCACCCUCUCAACCUCCCUCCCGAAGAGCGUGCAAAGAGACUGUCCGCCUUGUCAGCCAUGAGUGGAAACGCCAUGGACAUCGACCGUGAGUCGAGCGCAGCCCCGUCAUCGCCUGCGACGGCCCCUGCUGCUACUCCUACUACGGCCCCCCAGCAAACCUCCGCCCAGCCCUCUUCCUCUUCCUCUACUCCCAAGCCCAAUGGCAUCAACACCAAUUUCAACGGUGACGGAGAUGCUCCUGCCCCUCCCCCUCACAAGUCCAACCCCUCCAGUCCAGUCCCCACCGCUGAGGAUGAGGCCGAGGCCUAUAAGGCUGCGGGCAACAAGUUCUUCAAGGAGAAGGAUUACAAGAAUGCCAUUCUCCAGUACUCCAAGGCUAUUGAGUUGGUUCCCGACUCGGCCACCUACCUGAGCAAUCGCGCUGCCGCCUACAUGUCCAACACCCAGUACGAGUAUGCCCUCGAGGACUGCACCCGCGCUGCCGACCUGGACCCCGAGAACCCCAAGAUCCUUCUCCGACUUGCCCGCAUCUACACCAGCUUGGGUCAGCCCCAGGAGGCCCUGCUCGUCUUCGGCCGCAUCAACCCUCCCCCUUCGGCCAAGGACCAGGCUUCGGCCAAGGAAAUGCUGAAGCACGUCACCGCGGCCCAGAGCGCUCUCCGAGACGGAACCGCCGGCUCCAUGGUCCUCCAUGCCCUUGACCAGGCUGAGCGUCACCUGGGUUUCGGUGCCUCUAGACCCCGCAAGUGGCAACUCAUGCGGGGCGAGGCGUACCUUAAGAUGGGUAGCGUCAACGCCCUCGGCGAGGCCCAGAACCUCGCAAUGGCUCUGCUCAGGAGCAACAGCCAGGAUCCCGAGGCUCUGGUGCUUCGAGGCCGCGCCCUGUACGCCCAGGGCGAGAACGACAAGGCUGUCAGCCACUUCCGCAAGGCCAUCAGCUGCGACCCCGACAUGAGGGAUGCAGUCAAGUAUCUCAGGAUCGUCCAGAAGCUGGACCGCAUGAAGGAGGAGGGCAAUUCGGACUACAAAAUGGGCCGUUGGCAGUCCGCCAUCGAGAAGUACAGCGCCGCGCUCGAGGUUGACCAAACCAACCGUGGCACCAACUCAAAGAUUCUGCAAAACAGAGCGCUGUGCAAAAUCAAACUCAAGGAUUACGACGGAGCCAUUGCUGAUUGCGAGCGCGCCAUCAGCUUGGACUCGACGUACCUCAAGGCCCGCAAGACCAAGGCCAACGCUUACGGCCAGGCAGGCAAGUGGGAAGAUGCCGUGCGGGAGUGGAAGUCGAUCCAAGAACUCGACCCUGAGGACCGUACCAUCGCAAAGGAGGUGCGCAAGGCCGAGCUCGAGCUGAAGAAGAGCCAGCGCAAGGACUACUACAAGAUCCUCGGCGUUGAGAAGGACGCCGACGACAACCAGAUCAAGAAGGCCUACCGCAAGCUUGCCAUCAUCCACCACCCGGACAAGAACCCCAAUGACGAGCAGGCUGCCGAGCGCUUCAAGGACAUCGGAGAAGCUUAUGAGACUCUGAGCGACUCUCAGAAGCGUGCUCGUUAUGACAGUGGCGAAGACCUCGUCGACCCGUCUGACAUGUUCAGCGGCGGCGGCGGUAUGGGUGGUAUGGGCGGCAUGGGUGGCAUGCAUGGCGGCAUCGACCCCGAGAUCCUCUUCAACAUGAUGGGUGGUGGCGGUGGAUUCGGCGGCGGCGGCGGCGGCGGCUUCAACGGGGGCGGUUUCCCCGGUGGAGGCGGCGCACACUUCAACUUCGCCGACGGAGGGGGCCGUCCCCGCGGGGGUGGCGCCGGCUUCGGUGGCCGCGGCUUCAACUUCUCGACCUGACAAUCCGAGUCGGA